UUUAUUUUGUUAAACUCCUCUUCUGGCUGUUUUCUUGCCGACAGAGGACAGAGAAGCAGCUGGAGUCAAUAGACGAGCUUUACCUGGAGUACGCAAAGAGAGCGGCGCCCUUCAACAACUGGAUGGAGGGAGCGAUGGAGGACCUGCAGGACAUGUUCAUCGUUCACAACAUCGAGGAGAUCCAGGGUCUCAUCACAGCCCACGAGCAGUUCAAGUCCACCCUGCCGGAGGCCAACAAGGAGCGGGAGGCCAUCCAGUCCAUCCAGGCCGAGGUGCAGAAGAUCGCCCAGAGCAACGGCAUCAAGCUGAGCGGUGGGAACCCCUACACCACCAUCACACCCGAGAGCAUCGACAGCAAAUGGGAAAAG